GGACAAUCAGUAUAGGGAUGUGAUGGAGCUUCAUUAGGGGGCUGUGCCUUGAAGCAGCGGAGGGAAUCCUGAGACUGAAGGGGGCGGAGAGGACGAAUUGAUAUAACAAGAGCGGCUCUCAGCGCCAAGCUCUAUUCUCACCCUGUUCAAGCCUUGAACCAAGAACGAAAAGGAGUGGGCUUACAAUUGAUUUUGUACUCAGACAAAAUUGCGUUUCUUCUUGAAGUGUACUCAGUCGCACACAAAUAUAAUCGAAUACGUCCGACAGUAGUUCUGUUUUAUUUGAUUUUAGUUCAAAGUUCAAUACGAACGAAGGGUCGCAUCGCUGCACUGCCGGAGUGAAACUUUUCAGACCUCCGAGUUGGGAAUCAGUAACUUUCCCAUUUAAUGUAAUGACAUUGAUGCGCUACCGCAUCUGAACAGAUAGGUCUACUGAUCUAUUUUUUUCACCAGCGGUGUCAGAUUUGAAUAUAAAAUAGGGAGUUCUCAAAUGCAAAAAUAUAUGUAUGAGAAAGCAAUGGCUCAAGAGACAAGGAACGGAGGAACCUCGACUCUAAAUAACAACAAUGGUAUUGACAACAGCAAGAGGAAGCUGCUCAUAGCUCUAGAUAUCUUCUGCCUCCUUCUUGCUGGCCUGCCUUUCCUCAUCAUUGAGACUAGCACCAUAAGGCCGUACCAGCGCGGGUUUUACUGUACAGACGAGUCCAUCCGCUACCCCUAUAAAAUCGGAGAAACCAUAAGCGACGCCGUGCUUUGUGCUGCUGGCACUCUCAUUGCCAUUUUUUUUAUAGUGAUUGGGGAGUGCUAUAGGAUCCACAGCCUCCACGAGGGAACCAAAUCGUUUGUGGGGAACCCCUACGUGUCCGCUCUUUACAAACAGGUGGGUGUGUUCAUCUUUGGCUGCGCAGUCAGCCAGUCCUUCACGGACAUAGCCAAGGUGUCGGUGGGUCGCAUGAGGCCCCACUUCCUGGACGUCUGCCAGCCGGACUUUUCCACCAUCAACUGCUCUUUGGGUUACAUCACCGUCUAUACCUGCCUUGGCCGGGACAGCAAAGUACAGGAGGCCAGAAAAUCAUUCUUCUCUGGACAUGCCUCGUUUUCGAUGUACACAAUGCUGUACCUGGCUUUCUACCUUCAGUCCAGGUUCACGUGGCGCGGGGCGCGGCUCCUGCGGCCCCUGCUCCAGUUCACCCUGCUGAUGAUGGCCUUCUACACGGGCCUCUCGCGGGUCUCUGACCACAAGCACCACCCCACCGACGUGCUGGCCGGCUUCUUCCAGGGGGCCCUGGUGGCCUGCUGCACAGUGUACUUAGUGUCCGAUCUGUUCAAACCCAAGACCCCGCCGGCCACGCCACCUCCCUCGCCCAUCAAGAAGGAGCUCCUGCCUUCCUCUGACAUCAUCGACCGGAGCAAACACCACAACAUGGUGUGAGACCAGGGGGGCCGUGGCACUCUACGCCUCCUUUUUCUUUCCUCCCUUGUGACUGAGGAGCCAAUUGCAGUGCUGCUCAACCCUCCCCAUCAGACAGUAGAAUGUAGCGAGGAGAGACGAUACGGCUGCUUCUCCAACGUUAACCCUCCUCCGCCGUGCGCCGCCUUCAACGGGCCCCAAACAACACACUGUAGGUAGAAAAAGGCCCUGGGACGUGAGAUUUGCACACACAAAGUCCACUAUCAGUAUCCAGACGAAUUAUUCACUGCCGUUAUGUUUACUACUAUCCACCCGCCCGUUGUGUUUGUGUUUGACCAAUAGUUACCGAAAAUAAUUUGAAGCUAUAGAAGUAUGACUUAAAGUAAGAUCAACGAGGGCUGGGGGUUUAGAAGGAGGGGGUUUGGCGUUGAAGUGAAACAUCCUCUGGGUAUGAAUGCUUUGUCCUCUAUGUACACAAAAAAAAGUGGAGAGAUUGAAAGACGAAGAAACAUAAAACAAACGAUUUAAGGAAAUUCAUGUGAUUCUUAGACAAAGAUACUGCAUCGAAGGAAGAUGGAUCUCGUCUCUGUGUGGCCUAUAUACGCCGUAAAAAAAAACACCCCAUGCGAUCCGUAGGAACAUUAUAACUGUGCGGUAUACCUAGCAGCACAGAUAUAUUAACAGUAUAGAGAAAAACAAUGUUAAACAUAUAGCACUAUUUUUAAUUUGUUUUACAUUACAGUGUCCAUUAUCACCACUCGCUGCCUGAGAUGUGUUGUCUGUGAAAGCGCUUAAUGAUGCUGUCGUCACGGCGACAGAAGCAAGAGUUAGAAAUUACGUAAUCGUCAAACUCCAUAUCUGGUGAAGACAAAGUCGAUCAGUCACUCCUCAUAGAACCAGAACAGUGAGACACACUACAUUUCCAAUACUGUAAUGUUUGGGACAGGUUACCACUCGGCGAGAUCAGCAUCAGCAGCCGUCAGUGAGCAAGGGGAAGGGUUCUAAGGACCAGGGUUUACAACCAGGACCCUCUUUCUCCUGACUCAUGAACUCUUGUGUCAAUUUGACUAGCGCAUCAAGCGUUUCACAGUGAACUAUCAUAGCAGCCCGAACCCGGGAUGUUGCAUUUCAUUUUUUAUAUAUAUUUUUGGAAGGGGGAAAUGUGAAAUGUAGGGGGUCUAUUUUCUUUGGAUGUAGGGGGGGGAGGGGGUUAGAAUCUCUCAGGACCUGGGCGAGGGGUGUGGCUGUGCCAUGCUUCUUGCUCUGGCGUCGGAGCCGUCUGAUUGGUUGCUUGACAGGAAGGGGAUUGGUGGGGCAAAAGCAUAGGGGUGUGGUCUGUCACCUUGGAAAGAUGGCAUUGAUUGACAGCUAAGCUGGCACAUUAUUUGGGGAUCUUCCCGCUGGUAGGGAGGGGCUCUCACCUGCCCAAUAGCUCAUAAUCAGUGUGUGUCUGUGUGUGUGUGUGUGUGUGUGUGUGUGUGUGUGUGUGUGUGUGUGUGUGUGUGUGUGUGUGUGUGUGUGUGUGUGUGUGUCUGUGUGUGUGUGUAUGUGAUUGUGUGCCUAAUGUGAAUUUUGUAUUUUGUCCAUUAUACUCAUGUGGUUGUCAUGGUGUACUUUACUUGUACAUAUCCCGUGUGUGUGUGUGUGUGCGUGCGUGUGUGUGUGCGCGCGAGUAUGAUGCAUGGAUGAAUGCCAGUUUGUAACUGCUCUGCCCUUUACUUUUAUCCUUUGUGUGUGUGUGUGUGUGUGUGUGUGUGUGUGUGUGUGUGUGUGUGUGUGUGUGUGUGUGUGUGUGUGUGUGUGUAUGUAUGCAUGUGUAGACUCCCUGCUCCUCCCCCCCCACACUUUUCGUCACACACUGUUGUCUGAGCCAAGUGUGUGUGUGUUAGCGUGUGUGUGUUGGCGUCCAUGUACGUGUGCCACUUUGCAUUUGAGAGUGUGAGGCCUUGGGACUUCCCAGUCAGGUGAAGCUUAUUCAAAACUUUGGAUCUAAUAUUUUAUUAUCUUUCAACCUAUAUGUGUGUUCCAGUGUAAUCACUAACAGUUGUACAGUACCACUUGCAUACAGCAGCUCUUCCUACUACACACAGCCGCAGACUCCAGGCCCCGCCAUUGUUGCACACCUUCUCUCAUCGUACAGUCCGUCCCAUCAUCUCAACAAGCGUUCUACUUACCUUAUUUUUUAUAUAUAUAUAAAUAAUGUAUAGAUCAGUACAACACCAUUAACUCUGUAAGAUAUUGUUCCUAAAUGUGUUUAAAUAUAUCCACUAUGAUUACAGACCUGUGUUCUUUGCAAAGUGCUGCUUUCAAAGCAUUGAUUGACUGAUUUAUUGUCCUUGUAUCUAGAUAACAAAAAAUGUAAAUUGUGGUAAUUAUGUUUUUAAUAUGCGUUCAACCACAAAAUACACACAAAAUGUAUUCAAUACACCAUUAGUAUUUUUUUUAAUCUCUCAUUUUAGUAUAAAAGAAAUAGCAACAUUUGUUUCUUUCUGCUAAAUCUACUCUAAUACAUGCGAUAAAUAAAAAUGAAAAGCUCAUUACCAACACA